AUGGCCAACUCCCAAGAAACCCCCUCAUCCCCGCGCUUCUCAACCCAGGAAGUGACCGUGGUCUUCUUCCUGGGCGGGCCCGGCAGCGGCAAGGGCACGCAAUCAGCCAACCUGGAGCGCGACUACGGAUUCGUGCACCUGUCCGCCGGUGACCUCCUCCGCGCCGAGCAAGUGCGCGAGGGCAGCCAGUACGGCGAGCUGAUCCGCAACUACAUCCGCGAGGGCAAGAUCGUGCCGAUGGAGAUCACGGUGGCGCUGCUGUCGAACGCCAUGGCCGACUCGCUGGCCGCGACGCCGCCGCCCGCUGGCACCAAGGCCCGCUUCCUGAUCGACGGCUUCCCGCGUAAGCUCGACCAGGCCGUUUUCUUCGAGGACACCGUCUGCCCGUCCGAAUUGGUCCUGUUCCUCGAUUGCCCUGAAGAGGUUAUGGAGUCGCGUCUGCUGAAACGUGGUGAGACGAGUGGCCGCGAUGACGAUAACGCCGAAUCCAUUCGCAAACGUUUCCGUACUUUCGUUGAUACCUCUAUGCCUGUUGUCGAUGCUUUCCAGGCCCAGAACAAGGUUGUUUCCGUUAAGGCUACUGGCUCGGUUGAUGAUGUCUAUGCCGAGAUCAAGUCCGGUAUCCAGGCUCGUGGCCUGGACCCGCGCUAA